UCGAACAUUCUCGUCACUGGAAUCGAACAUUCUCCUUUUUCUGUAUUUUAUGGAAGAGGAAGGAGAAGAACAAGCUGGAGACGACGAUUCUUCUCCCACCUCUCUCCUCCAUCACGGUUGCUCCAUUGAUUUGAUCGAUACAUUAUAUUAAAUUGUUAAGAGACAGAAUCGGAGGAACAAAGAUUCAACCCCAUCUGUUUAUCAUCGAUAUUUAUUGUAAAAAAGGAGCACUUCGAUUGACAUCUAUUAGAGGGUUUGAAGGGAGGGGAGAUAGAGAAUGGGGAAGGGGAACCCAUUCUCGUUUCGCCGAAGCAGUAGCAGUAGCAGCAGCAGCACAACCAGGCGUCGCCGGACCACGAAGAAGGUAGGCGAAUCUUCUUUGCUUCUGUCGAACCAAUCGGCCAAUACGCCGUCUCCUUCUUCGCCGGCUAACGUAGGAGAUGUGCGGGAGCCGGCUGGGCCCGGGAAACCAAUGGUGGUUGCGGUGGCGAAACCCAAGAAGAAGGCUGGUGGAGCGAGGUUGUGGAUGCGGUUCGAUAGGUCUGGUGAAUCAGAACUGUUUGAGUGUGAUAAGAGCACGAUCAUUAAGCGGGCGGGUAUUCCGGCUAGGGAUUUGAGGAUUCUUGGUCCUAUUUUCUCUAACUCCUCCAAUAUCCUUGCUAGGGAGAAGGCAAUGGUUGUUAAUUUGGAAUAUAUAAAGGCCAUAGUCACGGCAGAAGAAGUACUUUUGCUUGAUCCUUUACGUCAGGAGGUUCUUCCAUUUGUGGAUCAAUUGAGGCAUCAACUUUCUCGUAAAAACCAUUUCAAUACUUCUGGUACCCAAGGCAGCCAUCAACUUGCAUUACGUGAUACGGAAUCAAACUUACCUGCUUCUGGAAGAUGGCUACCUGUAACUGAAACUGCCGACGGUUUGCAAGCUGAGCUUCCAUUUGAAUUUCAAGUUUUGGAGAUUGCAUUGGAGGUAGUGUGUACUUAUUUGGACUCGAGUGUGGCAGAUCUUGAGAGGGAUGCUUAUCCUGUUCUAGAUGAACUGGCUAAGAAUGUCAGCACCAAGAAUCUUGAGCAAGUUCGUAGUUUGAAAAGCAACCUUACUCGUUUGCUUGCACGGGUACAAAAGUUAUCUAUCUGGUUUCAGGUAAGAGAUGAACUUGAACAUCUUCUAGAUGACGACGAAGAUAUGACGCAGUUGUAUCUAACAAGGAAAUGGUUACAGAAUCAACAAAGUGAGACUUUGUUGGGAGGUGUAGGUUCUAAUAGCCACACCAAUAGUGCACACCAUCUACGCCGACUUAGUUCUGUCAAGAGUGUAAGUAUGCUGACAAGCAUAAAUAUGAGUGACAAUGAUGUUGAGGAUCUGGAGAUGUUGCUCGAGGCUUAUUUCAUGCAACUUGAUGGAACUCGUAACAAAAUCUUAUCGGUUCGUGAGUACAUUGACGACACAGAGGACUAUGUGAACAUUCAAUUGGACAACCAACGUAACGAGCUUAUUCAACUGCAGUUGACGUUAACUAUAGCGUCAUUUGCUGUAGCCUUCGAGACCCUGGUGGCAGGAUGGUUUGGCAUGAACAUCCCUUGUCGUCUAUAUGACAUCGAGGGGAUAUUCCAGCAGUUUGUUGCAGGGAUUACGGCCGUUUCUUUCUUGCUCUUUCUUCUCGUUCUUGGAUACGCUCGAUGGAAGAAGCUGCUUGGUUCAUAAUAACACUAACCCCCUCAAUUCAACUUUUGCAUCCUGCUUUAUUGCAUACCAUCUAUCAUAUCUAUCAUGCUGUUCCAUGAUAACGCUUGUUCCAACUACAUCCUAAAUCCAAAUCUUCUUUUUUUUGGAGUAUAUAUGCCAAAUAUUUAUGUAUAUAUUUUAUUUUUGAUGAGACUUUGACCUGCAUUGACCUUUGGGUUACAUUGACAUAAUCUUUUUGCUCUCAUGACUUGUACUAUAGACUUUUCAAUGUAUUCUAUGUACUUUUAAUUGAUUAAACCAGAACUUUACCUUUGUUGA